AAAAUGUAGUAUUAAUAAGUUGAACAAAACGAGAUUAUAAAGGUUACAUGAUAACCUACAUUGUGCAAUAUAUAACUAAUCUAAUCAAAUCUUGAAACGUCAAAUUCGUUAAUUUUUUGUCGUUAUGAUUGGGAAUCACGAUAUGAUUGAUAUAACUUCGGUUUGUAACAAUGGGCAGGGCAGAGUUUGGAAAAAUCUCAAAAUAAAUGAUAAAGAUUAUGUGAUCUGUUUUAUAAAGGAAAAUGAAUCGAUGAAAGUUUUUUUAACAGACCUAAUAGAAAUUUGGGUGGAGACUCUGACAGACGAAACUAUGUUUCACAAAUGUCAGACCAUGAAUCCUCUUUUAAAUCUUGAGAAUUUUGACUGGAAGCAAAUGACACUGGAUAUGUUAAAUGAUAUCCCUCAAUACGUGCAUGCAAACGUUUUAGAAGUUACAACAUAUCGAAUAGAAUUGCGAAAAGAUAAAGAUUUUGUAAAAUUGAGAUUUUCAUUGGAUCUUCUCAAAGGAACGCCACAGCAAUUUUGGGAAAGUGUGACUAUGCCUCUCUGCUCAUCAUCAAUGGAAUUGAUUCGCCGGCAUAAGAUUCUGUUAAAUCUGAUUAAACAGAAGGAUGAAGAGAUAGCGGAAUACAAAGCUGAAGGCGCAGAAUUAAUUAGAAAAUAUAUCGCUACGAAGCCAUUCAGUGAAGAAUUGUUUCACACUGAUGCUGCUGGAUCAACUGAUUUUGCAAACUCUUUCCAAUCUGUGAUUCGUUUUUAUAAUGAAAUAAUCUUGUUAAAGUCACACAUAAAACUAGAAGUAUCUUCAAACAACGCAAGUACCACUAAUAACCUCAAGAUUGAUGGAAAUGUUCCUCUCGAUUCGUCAAAGAAUGAUUCUAUACAGAAGCUAAGGCAAGAUGAAUUGAAUGAACAAGGACCUUCAAAAGUUGAAGAGUACAAAGCAAAUCUUUCUGGCAAAGCUUCACUUUUGAAAAUAAGUAGUACAUCUCAUACGAUACGUAAGAAAAGAAAUAAAAAAACUUUGAACGACUUCAUAAUGUAG